GCCGCAGUCAGGCCUCGCGCGGUUCCCGGGCCGAGGGCCUGGCUCCGGCGCUGGGAGAGUUGCCAGCGCGUGAGACCCAAAGCACGCUCCACGCGGGAUUGGGAGUGCGGUAGACGUGCUUCGUGUAUCUCCUGAAGAUUCCAGAAUCGUCCACCCCGAGCGCUGCAGACGCCAUGCCGAGACCCCAGAAAAGGCUGGCGGGGGCCGCUGGCCCAGACAAGAAGGGGCUAUCAGUAAAACGCACUAAAACUAAGAACUCAGAUGAGACAUCAGGUCACAAGGAGAACUCCAGUCCACAGGUGACUCCAGACCUAAAAAACUGUGGACAGAAUCUAAAGAACUACUGGCUGAUGAAGUCAGAGCCCGAAAGCCGACUAGAAAAAGGUGUUGAUGUGAAGUUCAGCAUUGAGGACCUCAAAGCACAGCCCGAGCAGAUAGCCUGCUGGGAUGGUGUCCGAAACUACCAGGCUCGGAACUUCCUUAAAGCUAUGAAGCUGGACGAUGAAGCCUUCUUCUACCAUAGCAACUGCAAAGAGCCAGGCAUCGCAGGACUUACGAAGAUUGUAAAGGAGGCUUACCCAGACCACACACAGUUUCAGAAAAACAAUCCCUAUUAUGAUCCAUCCAGCAAAGAGGACAGCCCCAAGUGGUUCAUGGUGGAUGUACAGUUUGUUCGGAUAAUGAAGCGUUUCAUCUCCCUGGCUGAGCUUAAAACCUACCACCAAGCUCACAAAGCUUCUGGUGGUCCCUUGAAAAACAUGGCUCUCUUCACUCGUCAGAGACUGUCAGUUCAGUCCCUUACACAAGAGUUUGAUUUUAUUUUGAGCCUGGAAGAUAAGGAACCAAGUUAACAGAGGCACUCUUGCUGAAGACAAGCCAGUACUCCAAAGAGACAGCCUUUUAGAGGACAAAAGAAAGCUUGCGUGUAACGUCGCUGGGGACUGUUUACCUAGGUGGUUUUGAGUACUUUUUUCAAUAAAAGAUUUAAUAUUAGAAGCUG